AAAACAAAUAUUUAUUCUUCUGGAAAAGAAAAGGACACUAAAAAUAGCUUCUUUAAUGUAUCACCUUGUUCUGGACUUCGGAUAUUUUUUUAUCUAGUUCACUAACAACCUUGAUCUAUUUCUAUUUUUUCCAAUGAUUUUAUGAUCAGGUAUGAUGAAUUUUUUAAUCGAUAAAUCGCAGCUUCACAUUCAAAUAGAUGAAUUACUUCGAGACAGUUCAAUAGAUUUGUUAAGGCGCAACAGUAUUGUCAAGGUACCAAGUCAUUUGCUCCAGAAAUGUGCUGAUAAAAAGGUCUAUGAGCCGCAAAUAAUUUCGAUUGGUCCUUACCACCAUGGUAAAGAUCACUUGAAAGCAAUGGAGGAGUACAAAAUUCAUUGUCUGAGAAUGCUUCUUGAGCGAAGAGAAGAGAAAUCUGUGCAGCAAUAUGUAGAGGAAUUGAAGCGUAAUGAAGCAAGGACUCGAGAAUACUAUGCAAAAUCAAUUAAUAUUGACAAAGAUGCAUUUGUAAAAAUGAUGCUUCUUGAUGGAUGCUUCAUUGUGGAGCUUAUUCGCAAGUGGAAGAUUAAGGAAUUAAGAGAUGAAAACUAUCGUUUUCUUACACCAUUUAUUUUGAGAAGGGUAAUGCAUGAUUUGUUGCUAGUUGAGAAUCAACUUCCCUUCUUUAUACUCUUGAACUUGUUUAACAUGACUGUGAUGCCGAGUGAUCAAGGAGAAAGUUUCAUCUCUAUGGCUAUUACUUUCAUCUCUGAAAUGGAGCUAGUACUUGGAAAUCGAAUUUAUUCAUUUCCCUGUCAGGAAGAUACCAAGCAUCUACUGGGCUUACUACAUAGUAGCUGGUUUCCUUCACAAGAAAGGAAUACUAUGGCAGCUGCAAAUUCACCUGCAAGAACUCCAGCAUCUUCACUUCAUGCAUGUUUGAUAGAAGUUAGAUUCGUUACUGGAAUCAAUGACCCUGACCUAAGAAGUGGGAGAAAAAGUUGGCAAUUCAUACCUUCUGCAACCCAGCUUCAAGAUGCAGGGAUCCAGUUCAGGAAGACUGAAGAGAGAGAUACGAGGUUGUUUGCUAUAAAUUUUGACAAGGGGAUAAUGUGGAUUCCGCUGUUAGUAAUUAAUGGUGAUACGGAGUCUCUCCUUCGAAAUUUAGUUGCUUAUGAACAGAGCUACAAUGUCAUUUCUUCAAAAUUAGUCACCGACUAUAUUACUUGCAUGGAUUGCCUCAUCAACUCCAAAGAUGAUGUUGAAUUACUCUGUCAUAGGAAAAUCAUUGAAAAUCGUUUAGGUGAUCAUUUAGUAGUUGCUGACAUGUUUAACAGACUCCGCAACUCUCUUUUGAUCUCCAAAGAUGAGUUCUAUUACACAGAGAUGUUCAUGGAAGUGAACGAACAUUACAAGGAACCAUGGAAUUGGUGGAAGGCAAACUUAAGGCAGAAUUACUUCAACACUCCAUGGGCACUUAUUUCCUUUCUUGCUGCUGUUUUCUUGCUUGUACUUACUGUGAUACAAACUGUAUAUUCAGUUAUUUGACUGUCUCUAAUUAUCAGCAAGCACUGCAAAGCUCUUUUCGAGAUGAUGAGGCAUGCUGGGGUCACACACGUGGAAACAAUAUGGUCGCUAUCUUGCCAUGGGUAUGUUCACCAUUACUAAAUUUGCAAUAAGUGAAGCGUGAGACCUCACAUAAAAUUGUUUACCUAUU